AUGGAAAAAAUUGCAAUAACUAACAUUCUUAAUAGCUAUGGGUAGACAUAUAAAUUUAUCAUCUAGUUUUAAUGGCCCAGAACCAUAAUAUAAAACAAUAAAUUACUCAAUCAUCCCUAAACAUAAAACCUUAGAAGAUCAUAUUGAAAAACCUUAACUAGAAAUUCUUUAGUAAUUAAAUGAGGAAAAAAAGAGUCGAGAACUAGUUGAAGUAUAUGGAAUUACAUUAGAAAAAACUAAAUAAUUUUAUGCUGAUAAAAUCAAAGAAUACAACGAUAUUAUAGAUUUGAAGCAUAUAAAAAAAAAAAGAAUUCAAUCAUAAUUUGUUGAAAAGUAAAACAAUUAAACAUUUGUUCGAUUUGCAGGAGAUGAAGGUAAAAUCACUAAUUUUCACAUCUCUAUUAAUUCUAAUAAUCUCAUACCCUUAUUUAAUGAAAUUAGUAGAAGAGCAUCAAAUUAAAAGUCUCAACAAUAAAGCCCUAAUAGUGGUUUAAAGAGAUCAAAUAGAAAUUAAUAAAAUUCCACAUCAAAAACUUCAAAUAAUUAUACAAACAUUAAAAAUACAAUAUAAACAAUAAAUUCUAAAUAAAUUUGCAACAUUACUUCAAGAUUGGAAUAAAAAUUUAAUAAUUUAGAUCGUUUGAAUUUGAGUUAAAUAAAUUAGGUUAAUUUUAUAGAAGAUCCAUCUUUAAAUUUAAUUAAAAAAAGAAACUCUUUAUCAAUUAAUCUUAAAUUUAAAGGAAGAAAUACUGAAAGGAAAAAAACUAAUCAAUUCAUCAAACAUCCCAUAUAAGAUUUUCCUAAAGUAAUUAUAUGAUUAUUUUAAGAUAGAUUUAUCAUAAAUGAUAUUGGAUUCCUUUAGAUAAAAUUAAUAUACUUCUUGUUAAUAAGAAGAAGACUCAGAAACUUCUUAAAAAAAUGUUAGAAUAAAUUAAUAUAAUAAUUUAGAAAUAACAUAAAUAUAGUAACAAUAAUUGGAGUCUUAAAGUGAGUUAAAUAAAACUAUUAAUUUAAAUCAAGUUUAAAAAGAUUAUCUUCCUGAUAUCUAUUAAGAUAUAAGUAUAAUUAUUAAUUCAUAUAGGAAUUAAUUAAAAUAUUGAUAUGGAGCAAAGAAAAAAGAUCUUACAACGAAGGAGAUAAGUUGUACAUGAUAUUUUACAUAAAUAAAAACCUAAAUUUUUGCAUAUUUGUGGAUCGAAAUUUCCCGUUGUGAAUAAUGAAUAAAAUUGGUAUAAUUAUGAAAGCCUCAGAACUAGAAUUAUUUAAAGAGAAUUAGAAAAAGAAAUUAUUAAAAUGAGAAAUUAAAAAGAAUAGCAAAAUGAUUUAGAAAAUUUAUCAAUAUUAUCUGGGCCUCCAAUUAAUUCAAAUUUUAAUACUAAUAAUCUUUAAUCUGAUUAUUAAGAUGUUAAAAUUACAAAGAUAAUGAAAUAGCUAGCUGCUUUAAAAUAAUGA